UUGUACAACCUUGCCCAGGAAGAAACACCAGUGGGUGCCUCACACCACAGCAGUGCUCAAAGAAAUUGCAGGAGCCGGGCACUCAGGCCAGCAUGGUGGAGUUUGCACCCCUGUCCGUGCCGUGGGAGCGCAGGCUGCAGACCUUUGCAGUGCUACAGUGGGUCUUCUCCUUCCUGGCUUUGGCCCAGAUCUGCAUCGUGGGCUUCAUAGGCCUCCUGUUCACAAGAUUCUGGCUCCUUGCUGUUCUGUAUGCGGCCUGGUGGUACCUGGACUGGGACACACCGUGGCAGGGGGGCAGGCGUGUCCAGGCCUUCAGGUGCUGGACCAUAUGGAAGUACAUGAGGGACUAUUUCCCUGUCUCGCUGGUCAAGACCGCUGAGCUGGACCCCUCCCGGAACUACAUUGCGGGCUUUCACCCGCACGGGGUGCUGGCGGCCGGAGCCUUUGUUAACCUGUGCACGGAGAGCACCGGCUUCUCUCAGCUCUUCCCGGGGAUCCGCCCCCAUCUGAUGAUGCUGACCCUGUGGUUCCGGGUGCCCUUCUUCAGGGAUUACAUUAUGACCUCGGGCCUGGUCUCAUCAGAAAAGGAGAGUGCUGCUCAUAUUCUGAGCAGGAAGGGCGGCGGGAACUUGCUGGGCAUCAUUACAGGGGGUGCCCAGGAGGCACUAGAUGCCAGGCCCGGAGCCUUCACGUUGUUGCUGCGGAACCGCAAGGGCUUCAUCAGGCUCGCUCUGACACACGGAGUGCCCCUGGUGCCGAUCUUCUCCUUUGGGGAUAAUGACCUGUUUGACCAGGUUGAGAACUCUUCUGGCUCCUGGUUGCGCUGUGUCCAGAACCGGCUACAGAAGAUCAUGGGCAUUUCCCUCCCACUCUUCCAUGGCCGUGGCAUCUUCCAGUACAGCUUUGGUCUCAUGCCCUAUCGCCGGCCCAUCACCACUGUGGUGGGGAAGCCUAUUGAGGUGAAGAAGACACUGCAGCCCUCAGAGGAGGAGGUGAGUCAGCUGCACCAGCGCUAUAUCAAGGAGCUGUGCAACCUCUUUGAGGCCCACAAGCUCAAGUUCAACAUCCCUGCUGACCAACACUUGGAAUUCUGCUGAGCACCUCAACAAGAGGAAGGGCUGCACCAGAGGGCAGGGCUGGCUUUAGAGAGCCCAGCAGGAGGUGCUGUGAUCUGAGAAGGCUUUCUGGAAGUGUCUGUUGAAUACAUCUUCAGAGUCUCCCCAAACUCCUGCAAUUCCAACCCAUGUCAGGCCACCAGUCACAGCUGGCAAGGCGGAAGAGGAGAUAAGAUUCUGGCAUCUACGAUUUGUAAACACUGCUGCAACAUCUCUGCAAGUCUCCUGCUCCUUGGCCUCUGUGUGCCCAUCAGUGAAAGAGGGCAGAGAGCUAGAAGAGAUUGAUUUCUAAGAUCUCUGUCCUCUGUUAUAAUGUCACUCAAACACUCUAAAAGAAAAUGUAGGUAAAAGAGAUAAGUAAGGUUUCUCUUCCUCUAACCUUGACAGUACAAAAGAAGCCACCAGCUCCAGCCCUUUCUGCUACAAGCCCUCUCGUCCUGUGCCCUGCAUGUCCCAACUCCUGCUGGAGAGGAGGGGUAGCCAGUGAGGCCCUCGUACCCACGCUAGCAACCUUCAAGUUUCUGGGUCCU